CGAUCAUCUUCUUGUAAACUGACAUUUCUUGAGAUUGUCGUCCGCCAUGAUGGUUUUGCUGACGUCAUCACUCCUCCUCCUCCUCCUGGGCCAUGCUCUUCCCGUGAUGCUUCAGACUCCGGACAACGACAGGAUCAACUGUUACCCUGAGAAGGGCGCCGUGCCGGUAGAGGCUGCGUGCGUCUCCCAACGCGGCUGCACCUGGGCCAACGAUACCGCAAACCCCAGGGUCCCCAUCUGCCACUACCCUGCAGACUACGGGUACGAGGUGGUCUCCAAGACCAGGACGGUUCACGGGUACCGGGUGCGGAUGGAGUGGAAAACCGGGCAGAGUUGUGCGUUCAGCACACCGGUACAGACCGUCACACUAGACGUGGAGCAUCAGACCAACAGUAGGCUGCGUUUUAAGUUUUAUGACCAGGGCAACCCGCGAUACGAGGUUCCUAUGGACAUGCCUGGUCCGGAAACGGCAGCGUCUCCGGAGUAUGAAGUCGGAAUUCCGGAAUCCGGGCUCUUUUACAUCAACGUAACUCGGAGGGAUACCGGCACCCUGAUCUGGGAUUCUUCCCUCGGUGGCUUCACCUUUGCGGACCAGUUCCUGCAGAUCAGCACCAGACUGCCGUCCCCGUACGUGUACGGCUUCGGGGAACACGAACACGCCACGUUCCACCACGACCUGAACUGGCGCACGUGGGGCAUGUUAACCCGGGACGAGUCCCCGGGGCCGCCAGUCCAAGAGACCGCUGCCGACGGAACGACUUACGACGUGGAGCGGAACAAUUACGGAGUACAUCCCUUCUACAUGGCCAUGGAGGAGGACGGAAAUGCCCACGGCGUGCUGCUGCUCAACAGCAAUCCGCAAGACGUGACGCUCCAGCCCAAGCCUGCCCUGACCUACCGGACUAUCGGCGGCGUGUUGGACUUCUACAUGUUCCUGGGACCCAGUCCGGAGGAGGUGGUUCAGCAGUACACUCAGGCGAUAGGACGACCCUUCAUGCCGCCAUAUUGGUCACUAGGCUUCCAGCUCUGUCGCUAUGGUUACAAGAACACUCAGCAUAUCCAAAAUGUCGUCGAGGGUAUGCGUAACUACAACAUCCCACAGGAUGUGCAGUACGCCGAUAUAGACUACAUGGAACGUCAGUUGGAUUUCACACUUGACCACACCAACUUUCCCGACCUGCCAGAAUACUUCAGACAACUACAGGGCGAAGGCAUGAAAACCAUCAUCAUUUUGGAUCCUGCUAUCAGUAAGAACGAGACAGACUACCCAGCCUGGGACAAGGGUGUACAGAUGGAUGUGUGGAUAAAAAACGAAGACCAGUCUGGACCGGCUUAUGGAAAGGUCUGGCCGGAAUAUGCAGACGAGUUUCUACCCGGUAAAAUGCCGAAUGCUUCAUGGGACUUCCAGGUGGAGAACUACCGAUCGCUGGUUGGUUUUCCGGACUUCCUGAAGACGUCCACGCACGACUGGUGGCACGAACAGAUCGUCAACUUCCACGACAACCCGACAGACGGAAUCAGAUUCGACGGGAUAUGGAUCGACAUGAACGAACCCGCUAACUUUAUUCCCGGAAACUACGACCCGGCGACUAACUCCGGGAAGUGCGAGAACAACCGUUGGAACAACCCAGACUACACACCGUGGGUGAUGGGAGAUCUGUACAGUAAAACUAUCUGUAUGGACGCUCAUCAGGAGGGAACUGACGGGACCACGUACAGACACUACGAUGUCCACAACCUGUACGGCUGGAGUCAAACACCCACCACACUGAGGAGCGCACGUGUAGCGACAGGGAAGCGCAGCAUCGUUGUGACCAGGUCCACGUUCCCCGGUAGCGGGAAGACCGGGGGACACUGGCUGGGCGACAACACCAGCAAGUGGGACCAUCUUCACAAGUCUAUCAUAGGGAUGUUGGAGUUCAGCCUCUUUGGCAUUCCAUAUAUCGGUGCUGACAUCUGUGGGUUCUGGGGAGAGCCUGAGCGGGAGAUGUGUUGGCGCUGGAUGCAGCUCGGAGCGUUUUAUCCCUACAGCCGUAACCAUAACCAGAAAGACGUCAUAGCGGAACAAGAUCCGUCAGCAUGGGGUCCGGAGUUUGCGGAGGCGUCCCGGGCAGUCCUGUUGACCCGUUACCGCCUGCUGCCCUACCUCUACACGCUGUUCUACCAGGCUCACACUCAAGGGUCUACUGUUGUACGCCCGCUCUUGCACGAGUUCCGCACCGAUAAAAACGCCUGGACGGUUGACAGACAGUUCCUGUGGGGCCCAGCCCUCCUCAUCUCUCCGGUACUGGAACAGGGCGCCACCAGUGUGACUGCAUACAUGCCCGAUGUCAGGUGGUUUGACUACUACACGGGUGGCGAAGUCAGUGCCUCUAGCCGCGGCAGUAACAUGACGAUACCGUGUGACAUGGACUGUAUCCCGCUUCACGUGCGGGGCGGGUAUAUCAUCCCAACACAGGAGCCCGCAACUAACACACAAUCAAGGCAAGAUUAG